AUGAAUAUUGAAGCUAGAGUCAGUGUGGCGGUGGAUGGAGGAGCAACCACCGCGCAUAGCAGCGUUAUCGAUGCCGGAACUAGAAGUUUAUCACAGAAACAGCGACAUAUUCAGCCGCAUGCUCAAAUCGGACAUCUAAUCGCCGGUGGUAUUUCCGGCGCCUUCAGCAAGACCUGUACUGCUCCUCUCUCUCGUCUCACCAUCUUGUUUCAGUUGCAAGGAAUGCAGUCAGACGCUGCAGUAUUAAGCAGGCUAAGUUUAUGGCGUGAAGCUUCUCGUAUUAUAAACGAGGAAGGAUUUAGAGCAUUUUGGAAAGGAAAUCUGGUAACUGUAGCACACAGGCUUCCUUAUUCUGCAGUUAACUUCUAUGCAUAUGAAGAAUACAAGAAUUUUUUGCAUUCAAAUCCAGUCUUACAGAGUUUUAUAGGAAAUGCGUGUGGCAGCCCGUUUGUGCACUUUGUUAGUGGCGGCUUGGCUGGAAUAACAGCUGGUUCAGCUACGUAUCCCCUCGAUCUAGUUAGGACACGUCUUGCUGCACAGAGAAAUGCAAUGUAUUACCAGGGUAUUGGGCAUGCUUUCCGUACUAUAUGCAGAGAAGAGGGACUCUUGGGUCUGUAUAAAGGCCUUGGUGCUACAAUGUUGGGUGUUGCGCCGAGCCUUGCAAUCAACUUUGCUGUGUAUGAGUCUGUGAAAUCGUCUUGGCAAUCUCAUAGGCCAAAUGAUUCAACAUUGAUUGUUAGUCUUGGUUCUGGAGGUCUGGCAGGAGUUGCUUCUUCAACAGCGACAUUCCCAUUGGAUCUUGUGAGAAGAAGAAUGCAAGUGGAAGGAGCUGGUGGGAGAGCGAGAGUGUAUAACACAGGACUCUUAGGAACAUUCAAACACAUAUUCAAGUCAGAAGGCAUCAGAGGACUGUACAGAGGAAUAUUGCCUGAAUAUUACAAAGUGGUUCCUGGUGUUGGCAUCGCCUUCAUGACGUACGAGUUUCUGAAAACAUACUUAUCAGCUCCUGCCCCUUAUACUUAG